AUGGAGUCCGACAUCGCAGACGACCUCGACAAGCUCAAUAUCAGAGACAUUUUGAACGCAGAUUCACGACCAACGUUUAUCAUUGAUCUAGACCCAGAUGACGAGUCGCCAUUACCCUCAAACGUCAUUCAGCCUGUGUUUUGCAACACCGCGUUAACUACUCACGAACGACUCUUUGACUCUGUACGCGGGGAAGCGACAUUUAACGAGCAAACCGGAUCUGUUUCAUACCUUGACUUCAAGUGCUGGGCCACUGGAAUUACAAUCCAAGACGACUCUAAAGAUGUCUAUCCUCUGUUCUUUAUCUACAACGACUUACUCUGGACCGGAUCAACCGUAACAAAAAGAUGGCGGUUAAUCAGUGGAAAUCGACAAUGGCAACAAACUGCUCCCCCGAAAACUUUGUCUUCCAGAGCACUCUCUCAUGCCAGCACCCCCAGCAUCAAGGACUACGACCAAGCAAAGCAGGAAGACACUGAACCAGUGAAACAAGACCCAGAGCCAGAGGUUAAAGAUGAGAUUUUCCAAAGCCCAACCGAGAUGAUAGCUCCGGAAAUGCCAUCUGUAGGGUCAACCUAUCUCAUAUCAACACAACGAAAAGAAUCAUUCAAAUCAUGGUGGCGAGGGACGUCUAAAGGGAGUUCAGACCGUAUUACUGGCAGCUCAAGCAGUGGAUCAUUUACCUUAGGGAAGCCCGAGAAGGCUGUCGCAGAUUGGACAGUGGCAAAGCCGAAAGGACUUUUGACGCCGUAUAUCAAGCUUCUUAGGGAUAUCGACUGGUUCUCAACGCCGUUGGGACACAUGGAUACGUGGUCGCCAGAGCUUCGCCAAAUGGCAAAUCUCGUCAUCACCAAUCCUCACCCUGCAAGUCUGUUCUGGGGGAACGACAUGACAAUGUUGUACAACGAGCAAUAUGCCAUACACUACGCCGGCAACAAACAUCCAUCCAUGCUGGGCACAGGCGCAUCUGGUCCUUGGUCAGAAGCCUGGGAUGUUCUUGGAUCAGCUUUCGCUGAGGUUAUACGGACUGGUAUCAGCCAUCGCGGCGAUAAUGAUGAAUUGGCUCUCUUUAGACGAGGGUUUCUCGAGGAGACCCAUAUUUGCUGGACACUCACACCAUUAUAUGGCGGUACAAGUCGUAUCGUCGGCUUCUACAAUGCCCCAUUCGAGACAACAGAUCUCAUUCUAAGCCAGCGCCGAAUGGCUACAAUCAACAAACUUGGAGAGUCCUUGCGAAAGGCAACUUCCGUCAAAAGCUUUUGGAAGUUUGUACUUGAAGGACUGGAGGAUAAUCACAAGGAUGUUCCGUUUGCUCUGGUUUACUCUGUCGGAGAUUCAGAGGACACAGAUCACCAAUCGAGCUCUUCUGGCAGCACAAUCUCAAGCAAGUCUUGCUAUCUUGAGGGGACGAUCGGUAUACCUCGCGGACAUACUGCUGCACCGGAUCAAAUUGAUCUCAAGCGGAGUCACCAGGGGUUUGUCCCAUCCUUCCGUGAAGCCAUGCGUACACGAGGCGAGCCCACAUUGAUUCGUAUUCGAGACGGGUCUCUUCCAGAAGAUAUUCUAAAAGGGAUCCAGUGGCGAGGGUUUGACGAAACCGGUUCAGAAGCAAUCAUAUUCCCUGUUCGACCAACCAAUGGUGAGAAUGUCUUGGCCUUCUUGGUCCUUGGAGUCAACCCUCGUCGACCUUACGACGCGGGGUACAAGUCUUUCGCCUCAUUGCUUAACAACCAACUGGCGACUUCUUUGGCGUCCAUUAUUCUCUUCGAAGAAGAGACACGCCGCGGACGGGACGCUGUCGAGGCCGCAGCAUUGGAGAAGGAGGAACUGACGCAGCAGAUUAAUCUUCAAGCAAGUCGUCUCCGAAGAAUGACAGAACUAUCACCGCUCGGCAUGUUCCUCGCCAGUCCCGAAGGAAUCUUGCGCGAGGCCAACGACAAAUUUUACGAAAUGACCGGCCAUACACGAGACAUUCACAGCGACAUGUCAUGGGUUGAUUUGAUGGGUAGCUCGGACAUUAUAAUGGAAGAAGGCUGGCAUCGCCUGACCCAAGAAAUGCUCCCGUGGUCUGGAGAAGUGCAGCUACGAAAGGGUGUUGAGGAUUCUGUCAGUAUACAUGGUGAGCUGAUUGACUGCUGGGUUAUGGUCACAGCACACCCUGAGAUAUCAAAUGAUGGUACCUUACGGUCUAUCAUGGGUUCUAUUACCGAUAUUUCGCACCUCAAAUGGGCACAGGGAUUGCAGAACCGGCGACUCCAAGAAGCGGAGGAGACAAGACGACAACAGAACGAGUUUAUCGACAUCACGUCCCACGAGAUGAGAAAUCCUCUAAGCGCUAUUCUACAAUGCGCAGAUGAUAUUACCUUGGCUAUGGAGGCUGCAAGAUCGAGUGGUGUACCUGCCUCUCUCGAAAUUCUAGACUCAUGCCUCGACGCGUCACAGACCAUCGUGUUGUGCGUGCAGCAUCAAAAAUCGAUCGUUGACGACAUUCUUACUGUGUCCAAGCUCGAUUCGAAUCUUCUUCUAAUUACACCUGUAGUCUGUCAGCCACAGGCCAUCGUUGAACGGGCGGUCAAGAUGUUUGAAUCGGAGAUGGUGGCGAAGGAUAUCAGUCUUGAGAUACAGAUCCCCCAAGAGUUUAAUGAUCUCGCCGUCGACUGGGUUGUUAUGGAUCCAAGCCGCGUUCUGCAGAUUCUGAUCAACCUCAUGACGAAUGCUAUCAAAUUCACGGCCUCUUCUUCAACGCGUGUCAUCAAGGUUACUGUAGGUGUGUCGAAAACUCCACCAGAGGGUGAUCACAUACCUGACUUUGCUUUUGCACCUACUCGUGGGGAGCUUGGCAAUGUUGUGUCUUCAGACGAAUGGGGUAAUGGAGAGACAUUGUAUGUGCGAUAUAGGGUCCAAGACACCGGUUGUGGGUUGACAGAGAACGAGAGACGGCUGCUUUUCCAACGAUUCAAGCAAGCUUCUCCCAGAACACACGCUAAAUACGGCGGAAGCGGCCUAGGACUGUUCAUCUCUAAGCGACUCGCUGAGCUACACGGAGGGCGUAUCGGUGUUGCUUCCGCUGCUGGCCACGGCAGUGACUUUGGCUUCUACGUUCAAGCACGAAGAUCAUCAGCUCCGAAUCAGAAAGACCCCAACCAGCCUGUCUUGUCACAGUCACCGUCACCGUCACCAUCACCGCCAAGUAAACACCCUGCCACAACCACAUCGUUACCGACAAGAACACCGUCUGGAGAAGCCUAUAUCCUCAACUCAAAGAAUAAUCGCCGGAGACAUGGAUCAGACGAAACAUUUGACCCACGCGACUUAACGGUCCAUAUCGUUGAAGACAACCUCAUCAACCAAAAGGUUCUGGUGAACCAACUACGGAAGGCCGGCUGCACCGUCAGUGCGACCAACGAUGGUGUGGAAGCACUUGAAUUCCUGAGAAAGACGCAUUUCUGCAGACAGGACGGUUCAGAGCUCUCGGUGGUUCUUAUGGACCUGGAGAUGCCCAAUAUGGAUGGCCUGACGUGUGUAUCCGAGAUUAGGCGGAUGCAGAAGGAGGGCGAAAUAAUUGAGCACGUACCUGUGAUCGCAGUCACGGCGAAUGUUAGGGAUGAGCAGAUACGAGUAGCAUUGGAGAGUGGUAUGGAUGAUUUGGUGUCGAAGCCUUUCCGGAUACCAGAGGUUAUGAGCAAAAUAGAGAGGUUACUAAGGAAGCACGAUAGGUACUAG